AUGGCGAGGAUUUUUCAGCGACGCUGCUACACCCAGGGCCAGUACGACGGCAAGUUUCGGUUUGUUUCGUUAAUCUUUUGGAUUUAAAAUCAAAUUUUAGUUUAUUCAGUUCAAUUUGUAACGAAGAGACAAGCAUUUAAAUCGAGUUUAUCACGUUUUUUUUUUCGUUUUGUCAUAAGGGCGCUCUUUUUUAAUACCUCUUUGAUUCAUUUUUUUUUUUAUCUUCUCGCACCUUGGUAAAAUGAAACGCACGUGCUCCGGACCAGGAUUGUUUGUCAGACGUGGGCCGGGUUUCGAAAUUGGCCGCGGCCGAGAGGCUGACAAGGGAACUGUUUUUUUACCCUACAAUAUCUUUCGCGUCAAUGUUUUAUCUACAGAUGACGAUGGCCCUUUAAUAAGGCUGCAUUUUUGACUUAUCUUUCUAUCUUUUAGAUCAAAAAAGAUCAAAAUUAGUCUCGCGCGUUAAAACAUCGACGCGAAAGGGUACCGUCUCAGCAGGGGCGGAGUGAGCUGCUUGACAUUUAAAAUCUGAACAGACUAUAUGACGGCUCGAAGUUCGCACGUGAAAUGAGCGGAACGCAGCAAGAAGGAAUCUAUCACGCCCACGAGCCCUCAUUUCCAGUUGGCCGCUUAGUGUAGUGGCUAGCGUGCCAGGACUGCGGAGACUGUGGUCAGGGUUCGAAUCAUUUUAACGCAAUUUAUUUUUUCUGUUUUUUCCCCGGAAGAAAUCUAUGAAAACUGUUGAAACUUUAGCAAAAACUUUUUCUCAAAACAUUAGAGAUCCUCAAUUUCGGUGUUUACAACAAGAUUUUUCGAAAAUUUUCUCGGUUUUCGCUUCUACAGGAUGUUCUCGUGAGACGAAAAGAUUUGUAAAAAGAAAUUUUGGUAUUUUUUAGCGAUGAAGUGACAAAAACCGAUAUACAGAGUACACGGCAAAAAGAGAACAGAAAAUUUGUACCUUUUCUACGACUUCGGCGAAAAAAGUGUUCCCAGAGAGAGAUCUAUUGACUAUCUACAAGCGAAAACCGAUGAAUUUUCGAAAAAUCUUGUUUUAACUACCGAAAUUGAGGAUCUCUUAUGUUUUGAGAACAAGUUUGCUAAAAUUUCAACAGUUUUCAUAGAUUUCUUCCGGAAAAGAAAAAAAAAUUGCGUUAAAAGGAUUCGAACCCUGACCACAGUCUCCGCAAUCCUGGCACGCUAGCCACUACACUAAGCGGCCAACUGAAAAUGAGGGUUCGUGCGCGUGAUACAUUCCUUCGGUGGUAUGAAAAAAACACCAGCGAAAAUUCAAACGGCGACUUUUCCGAUUUUUUCAUAUCGCUAGGGAACUUUCCGACGGCCACCUUUCCGACGAAAUUUUUUCCGACUUUUUUCACUUAUAUAUUUCGGUUUAUAAGACAUCUAUUUACAUUUUUUUUUUCUAUUUUUUUGUGUUUUAAUCAUGAACCAACUACUUACUUUAUAUAGGAAAUUUAAAGCGAAUAUUUUAUCGAGAAAAAAAAGUCGGAAAGGGAUUCGUCGGAAAGGUGGCCGUCGGAAAGUUCCCUAGCGAUAUGAAAGAAUCGGAAAAGUCGCCAUUUGAAUUUUCGCUGGUGUUUUUUUCAUACCACCAUUCCUUCUUGCUGCGUUCCACUCAUUUCACGUGCAAACUUCGAGCCGUCAUAACUCGAUUACGAGGCGUAAGUCGAGAAAUUUUAUUCUUGAUUUGUAAAAACAGUUUGCUUGUGAGCAGGGCCGGCCACCGCACAAGUCUCCGAACUUUUCAGAGCAAUUCUAGGGAUCACUUAAGAAUGCUGACGCUACUAAAGUGGUCACUAGAAAUGCCCGGACACGUCCGUUUCGCGUUACUAUUCCGAGUUUUUUCUUCUUUUUAGAAGUUUUUCAUGCCCAUUCCGAAAUGAUUCCGUGAAAUUCAAAAAAUUGAUCAGACAGUGAAAAGCGACUUCGCGAUUUCAAGUUAACUGCUAUUUGACUUGUCUUUUGCAAAAACACAGAACAAAAAAGCCCUCAGCUGCUUUUAAGAACAUCGGGCUAAUACCUGGUAUUGUUCAGCCGACUUCGCAGUUGAUCGAACUCUGUCCGUCAUGGAUCUUGUUUGAAAACAUCUUCGACGAUUUCUUGCCAUCGCAAUUCACUAAAUUUUCAAAAAUGAAAUAUUUUCAAAAACGGAAAAAAAUAGGAUAUGAAAACAAAAGUUGAAUUAAAAAAAGAGCUGAUCGGAAAGUUAAAUAAUUUUUUUCCGCAGCCAGAUUGUCUGCGUCCUCGAAUCAUAAUCGAUUAUUCAUCGCGAUUGCGAAUAAAAUUUGUAAAAAAACUAAAUAAAACCGCCGAAUCUGGCGCGAUACUUUCCAACAACCACAUUUUUUAAAUUUUCAUAUUCUUCAUAGGCAGAGUCGGAAGAACCUUUACGGGCCCUCCGUUACGGAUCGAAAAGUUUCUAUUCAUUUUUCCUAAACGGGAUGACAAAGGUUUUAUUAUUACUGCCUUUUUCCGUCCUUUCAUCGGCCUUCAUCCAUCCUUUUUGACCCUUUUGAGAAAAAAAAAAGUUUUUGAAGUUGAGAAUAAUCCAUAUCAGUGACUGUAUAUAAACCAAAAUCUUCUACAGUAAUGAAAUCGGAAAUCAUCAAUGGCCGAGGCUCAGCACCCCUUUUUGCACCCUCACUCUUUCUUCACCAUUUUUGAGUUUUUUCAGCUCACCAAGAAAGAAAGGCUCAAUAAAGCGUGUAAAACGAAACCCUUUUAGCGGCCAUUUUGCAGUCACUUCUUUUUUGCACUCGUUUUCCGCACUUCCGACUUUGCCAGCGUCGGGCAAAGUCGAAAUGGUGUUUAAAAGCUGCUAGAAAGGGAGCAAAAAGAAUCCCUUUAUUGAGCAUUCCAUUUUUUCUGGAAUUCUGAAGGCUCAAGAAAUGGUGGACAAACGGAGAGGCAGCAAAAAUGGUGCAAAAGAGCCGAUGAAAUGGCGCGAAAAGGCAGCAAAAAAAAGGAGCCUUUGUUACCCUAAAAUGGACAUUUCUAUGGAUUAUUUUUCCACCCUUUCCUAUUUUGCUUAUGAUAUCGGAUCGAGGUUUUUCUGGCUUUAAUUCAGUGUUGAUAAAGUCACGCCUUUUUUUAUUUUUCGAAACAAAAACCUUCAAAACAUCACAUCGAUAGUUGCAGUAGUAAUCGAUCGAUAAUUUCCAAUACGCUUUUUCGUUUCCGAUUUCCAAUCAUAUGCUCCAGACUUUCUUUCUGAAGGAAAAAUAAUUAAAAAAAAGGUUUUUUCAAGAUAUGAAACUGCUUUAUUUGAAGUCGUUGUCGAAUCUCCAUCUCCUGAUCAGAAAACAUCCGUUAAACGCUUCCUGCAAUAGUUUCAAUAUUGAAAAAAGCAGAUCGAUUGCAUUAUUCGAAUCGCAAUGUUUUGACAGACUAGCUAUGUAAAGUCGUGAGUAAGUUAGGGAAGCUUUAAGCAGUCAGAAGAACUAGCUAGGCGGCGCGCUAGAGCUCCGCUCGGCCUUGUCAGAACUAAGAAUCCUAGACGCCGAAAGCCGUGACGGCAUUUUCCGUGGGGGUCCCAUCAUCGCUUUGUCAGCAUCGCGCUGCCAACAGUUUGUGCCUCGGCCACUGGAAUGGGCUUCGGCGUGACUUUGCGUAUCCAAUUUGCAAGCAAAGAGGAUCGGCACUCCGGGAGUCCCACGGGCCUAAUCUACUAGCGCUUACAACUCAGAAACCUAUUUCGGAAGUUAGAAAUUUAAUGGAGGUUCAAAACUUAUCUUGACGUUGAAGUGCAGAAGCAAGAUGGAGUCGUAAGUGAAGGAGAAAUGAUAUUUGAAUCCUGGUCAUGCAAGACAAAAUGACACGUUGUUACGUGGUUUUUUGUAAAUGUUAUUUUUUUCGAUAUCAAGAAAAUGACCUUGCCACGGGCUCACGUUUUUUUUUGCAGAGAAUGAAGUUUUUAUUCUAAAUAAAAUUUAUGACGUGAAAGAUAGAGGUAGUUUUUUUUUUGCGGUUUUGUAUCGUUUUCUCUUCUUGUAGAAACAUAAUUCGCGUCACUUGGAGCCAAAUUGAAUCAAUGCAGUUUGAAGUUUUUAUGAUAUAAAUAAUCUGAAUUACAUAAUUUUUUUAGUUUUUCGAUGGAAACUUUUUUGAAAAAAUUUCUAUUUUCAGCGAAUAUUUCUACUUUAUCAACCACGAGGGAAUGCUUUUCUUGGAAGAUUCUCGAAUGAAAAACUUCACCUCCGCCUAUAAAGGUAUGUUUUUUGCUCUUUCUUCUCUUCAAAUUGAUUAAAAAUCUUCAAAAAUAAUUCCGCAAGGGGACAAUUUAUCUUCGUGACGAUAACAUAACAUGUGGGCGUUUGGUAAUUGCCAUGCACUUUUUCCCGCGGAAAUGAGUAUUUUGGAGCUUUUUAUAGCAAAUUUUUGACGAUUCAGACGUCGAAUUUUUUUGAAUUUCUUCUACAAGAAGUUGCGGUUCAACGAGACGAAACGGUUCGAAGUGGGUUUUUUUCGAAAAUUUUUGUAUUUAAUGAGAAAAAAAUUUAUUAUUUAAAAUUACAAGAUUUUUUUAAUUUUUUUGGAUUAUCUUUUUGGAAUUUAAACCAAAACUGGUUUGAAUUAGAAGUGUGAAAGUUCGUCCGUAUUCGACUUUUUUUCGAGCCCUGAAGCCUUUUUUUCGAAUGAAGAAGAAGCAAAAGAUUGAAAUUUCUUUUUGAAUACAGCAACAUUCGUUUGUUUUCCUAUUUUUUUGGAAGCCACACACUUUCAUCGGGAAUUUUUUUGAAAAUACCUAAAAAUAUAAAAAAAUAUUUGAAAAAAAUUUGAUUAUUCGGAGGGAAAACCUUUUUUUCAAAGGCUUCAAUUUAUUGAAAUUUUUCGUUCCCUAAUCCUUGAAUUUUUUUGAACAUGUUUUUUUAAUUUUUCAAAACUAUUUUUUUCUCAAAAAAAAGAAAAAGUAAGCGUUUUAGGAAUUCCCGUACAUUAGUCACUGUGGUCGGGAGAGAAAUUAUUUGAAAUGCGACGAUCGGCCAAUAGUCUAUACGCAACUGAGCGAAGAUCGGAAGUCGCUUCGGGUCGGGCAAUCCGACAUUUUCCAUGAAUUUCAGGUUUUUUUCAGUAUUUUCAGCUUUUAGCGCAAAAAUGAAUUACAAGCAUCGAAUUUUUCCAGAUUAAUGAGAAAUCGUAUCCAAAUUGAGGGUUUUCAUUUCGAAAACCUAGAAAAUUUCAAUUUUCUACCACAAAAUGUAGAAACUGAGAAAAGAAAAGUGUUUUGCUGUUUCAAUGCUGGAAUUUCUUUUCAAAGUCUGGUUUUUGGCGCUCAACUUCAGUUAAUUGAUAGAUAUAAAAUGGGAAUCAAACAUGUGAAAAAUGACCUUUUCUUUUGUCCAUUUUUUGUUUUUUGUCUAGUCUAUUUUCAAGACUCGGAACGGCUAUAAAAUUCGUUUUUACUCGUUUUUUGACUUUGCACUUUAUUUUUCUUUCGUUUUCACAAAUAUAAAUAUAAAACAGACUAAAUUCCUAGAACAGUUGAAACUUUUCAACGAAUAGUGUUUUAUCGAUUUUUGAGCCAAGUUUACAGUUUUAAAUAAAUAAUUCUCCUGAGGCCGUAUGGGAAGAAGGACAAAAUGAUUUCCUCGAAAUUUCUGAAACUUGUUGAUGACUUCGAUUAGUUGUUAUUUUCACAUCGGAAUGUGUUCUUGCUCAUUUAAAUCUUUUUAAAACCGCACUAAUUCAAACAACUUCAUAAUUAUCAGACUAAUAGCAAGUUUCAGGAAAAUCCCAGUUAUAGUUCUCCUUCUCAUUGCAUACGGCCUUUGUUGUUUGAAGAUCAUCGAGUGUUUUUUGCAGCCCAGCCGAUUGUUCAUGAAGGAAUCGGGCCGACUCUACCACCCGGCCCCCUUUGCGGACUUCGCCCUGCUGAGGGACAAACUCGGCGAUCAGCUUCAUCCUCGGUUUGAGUUUGAUGCGCAUGGCUUUCCCGUCAAGUUUCGUCAUUGGAAUGGUCAUCUGGUGGAGUUGGAACGUGUCCGAAAAUGA